GUAUACCCCUAUAAAAUGCCAAGGGGAAAACCCGAAACCAAGACCAAGUUUCCAAAAGUGUCUUGCUUGCUAGUUGCCCAGAAAGAGAAAGAGAGACCAAUGGGAAGUUUAUUCUCUGCCCCAGCAGCAGACGCCGCCGAAGAUUCCUCAUCAGCGGAUCACGGUGGAGUCACAACUUUCCACUCCUCUGCGCGAUGGCAGCUUCACUUCAAUUCCAUCAAAGAUUCAUCCCAGCUGAUGGUAAUAGAUUUUGCUGCAUCGUGGUGUGGACCUUGUAAGUUAAUUGAACCAGAAGUCAAAGCCAUGGCUGCUAAGUUCACUGAUGUCCAGUUUGCCAAGAUCGAUGUGGAUGAAUUGUCUGAUGUUGCCCAGGGAUUUGGAAUUCAUGCCAUGCCAACAUUUGUGUUGGUGAAGAAAGGGCAGGAAGUGGAUAGGAUUGUGGGAGCCAAGAAGGAAGAGCUUCAGAAGAAGAUUGAGAAGCACAGAGCCACUUGAUGCCUUCCUUCAUUAUGUAACGUACAAUAUAACUUUACUUAAUUGAGAAGCCAUUGCUGCUAAGUGCUAAUGUGAUGAUAAAUAAUGAACAAUGGUUCUUAUUGUAAAACAACUAUGCACAUCUUUUCUGAUUCCCUUAAUUGUCAAAUGCUUGACUCCAA